GAUCAGCUGUGUCCAAUCACAGCUGAACACAUAGGAGAGCCGGUAAUCGGCAUUCCGCGGAGGGACAUCUACACUGAUCAUCAGAGCACUAAUGAUCAGUGUGCCCUGAUGAUCAGUGUAGCCCCAGCAGUGCCACCUGUCAGUGUCCAUCAGUGCCAGCUGUCAGUGCUCAUCAGUGCCACGUGCCAGUGCCCAUCAGUGCCACAUCAAUGCCACAUAUCAGUGCCUACCAGUGCACAUUAAUGCCACAUAUCAGUGCCCAUCUUAGCUGCCUUUCAGUGUCACCCAUCAGUGCCAGUCAGUGCCACCUAUC